AUGUUAGAAAACUAUUUAAAAUAUCAAUACACUCAUUACGGAGGAAGAAUGGAGCACGGCCAUAUGCCUGCAUCCACAAACCCAUUAAUCAUCAGUCUACAAGACAAACACUUGCCCCUCCCUCAACAACAUUGGUUUGGUACAAUUGACCAUCCACAAAUCGUAGCAAAUACAUAUAACAGAACCAUAGCCGUAUAUUGGAAUACUCCAAGAGAAACUGGCGACUGUCUCUUUGUACCAUUCACCACCACACCAGACAAAUUCGAACCCAUUAUACUUAUUCUAGACAUCAACGAUUUUCUCCUUGCAAAACGCAAACCAACCAGAAACUUCAAUUGGCCGCAAAUAAACCCAUUUCACAAAGCCAUAGCUGUCCAGGCUACCAAGACUGUUCAGGCUGUCCAGACUGUCCCGCCAAUAUGA